UUUAUUGUAAUCGUUAGUCGUUUCAGGCAGAGCAACUGGGAUCAUUGAGAUUAUUCAUGUUCCAUGAGUUAUUUAUCUGAUAUUUUUCUGAAGAUAUUUCGAUUUUUGGGUAUUUUAUUAUACACAUUGCAUCGAUCAAUAUUUAUAAUAGUCGUUGGCUUUAUUUUUCUUUCUGGAGGAAUUGAAUUAAAAUUUAUUUUAAUAGCCCAAAAUUGAGGUUCAUGCUUGUCGUAAUGUUGAUAGACAAGAUGGCCGCGCCAUUCUUCCAAUAUUGGCAGCCAACAGUGCCACGACAUUCUCAUAACACUGUCAUAACCCCGGCAACAUUGCUGGAACCUUAACCUCAACAUUUUAUCUCCCGAUUGACCUAACCUCACUAUUCCGCCAACAUUUUGUUGGUCCUAACCUUUAAAAAAUCCAGGAAUGAGCUAGAACAUUACUUCUACGUAACUGGUUGCCAUAGACGACAGCAUCUGAUCUCGCUGGCCCGGUGCAAUGUGCUAUCUACAUUCGUAACGUUCGAAAGCCCCCACAUGUCUAACGAAAGCCAAUUCCCACAAACGCAAGCAAACGUGUACAUACGUAUGACGACACAAUAAAAAAAUUGUGCCCAAUUUCUUAGAAAUGUCACAGUUCACCCAGUGCAUCGAUUUCUGAAUGAACGGGGGAAUGUCAAGUCUGUACACCUCGGUAUUGCGCUCCUUGGCGAGGAGCCCCAGGAGUUCCAACGUCACCCCGAGGAGAAUCAUCGUUCGUAACGUGGAGACGAUAACCGCCAUCUGCGAGAGAGGUUAUCAGGGGAAUUUUAAUUUUGUUAGUGGUAAACAACCGUUUCUGGGUGAUGAAACCCCAGGUGUUCCUGCUGCAUUGAUAGCUGCCCCUCAAGGCAAAUAUUACAGGGGGGAAUAUCAGAAGAACUGGGGAAAUGAUGACAGCUACAGGCACUUCAGGUUUAUUCUGGGAGGAAUUGGACUCGCCAUCGCCUUGUGCGAUGCUCCUUAUUUUACUAAAGAGAAAAGAUUCUUCAGAGCCGCUCAAUACGGAAAUAUACCUGACUUGAAGAAGGCGUUGUCUGAAGGAGUCGACAUCGACUCCAGACACCCUCUGGGCUGGACAGCCCUCCAGGCAGCCGCCAUUAAUGGAAAAACUGAAGCUGUGAAAUUUUUAAUAAACAAUGGAGCUGAUGUCAAUGCUGGGGAUGAAUUCGUUAAUGUUUAUAAAACUGCCAUUGAGAAAGGAUUGCACUCCCUGGAUGUCCUCACAAAACGUGAAGAGGAGUUCUCUGAUCGCCUCAACAAUAGAGCAACGUUCAAGGGAUUCACAGCCCUCCAUUAUGCAGUCCUCGCUGACUCAAUAUCCUGUGUGAAGAUCCUGCUGAAUGCUGGAGCUAAUCCCACAAUUGAAAAUGACACAGGGCAUCGCGCAGUAGAGUACGCUCGAGACGACGAGAUCAAGGAGUUGUUGGUCAAACAUGCCACCAAGUACGACGAACUGAUGAAGGAGAAGGAAGCUGAAGAGCGACGACGAUUUCCGCUUGAACAAAGACUGAAGCAGCACAUUGUGGGCCAGGAGGGGCCUAUAUCAGUCGUUGCCUCGACAAUUAGAAGAAAAGAGAAUGGAUGGAUUGACGAGGAGCACCCCUUGGUCUUCCUCUUCCUGGGAUCGUCUGGAAUCGGGAAGACAGAGCUAGCCAAGCAGCUCGCGGCCUAUAUCCACAAAGGCAAGGCCGAUGGAUUCAUUCGGCUCGACAUGUCGGAGUAUCAGGAGAAGCAUGAGGUUGCCAAGCUGAUUGGAGCCCCCCCAGGUUACGUAGGCCAUGAUGAUGGUGGCCAACUGACAAAGCUAUUGAAAAAAAAACCGAAUGCUGUAGUUCUCUUUGAUGAAGUUGACAAGGCACAUCCUGACGUUCUCACUGUUCUUCUCCAAUUAUUUGAUGAGGGAAGAUUGACAGAUGGCAAAGGCAAGACGAUCGAAUGUAAAAAUGCCAUUUUUAUAAUGACAUCGAAUCUGGCAAGUGAAGAGAUAGCUGAACAUGCUAUACAACUAAGAGCUGAGGCUGAACGUCUACUCAAUCAGAGGCUCGAUAAAACCGAGGGUGAGGACCAAGCACCGGAGCAAAUUGUCAUAUCCAGGAAUUUUAAAGACGAAGUGGUACGACCGAUAUUGAAGGCCCAUUUUCGUCGAGACGAAUUCCUUGGUCGAAUCAAUGAAAUCGUUUACUUUCUGCCCUUCUCACGCGCUGAGUUGAUAAAACUUGUUGCUCGUGAAUUGGAUGCAUGGGCGAAGAGAGCACGGGAGAGACACAUGAUUGAGUUGAAAUGGGAUCGCGAGGUACUUUCAGCUCUUGCUGAUGGCUACGAUGUGCACUACGGGGCACGUUCCAUCAAGUAUGAGGUCGAGAGGAGGGUGGUUAAUCAACUGGCAGCUGCACAUGAGCGAGGACAGAUCACUAAAAAAUGCUGUGUCAAGCUGAAGGCCAAGUGGCACGAGAAUGGCGUCUCCAUAGGGCUGUCAGUGCGGCCAGCUGGGGUUAAAGACUUCGUGGACAUCGAUGAAACUGACAAUGUAAUAAAAAACGUGAAUUCAACAUUUUGACGAUUGUCCAUUCACCAGUAAAUAAAUUCUUAAACGCCCAGAGCUCCGCCAUUGUUAACUGAUAAAUUAUUGAGGUCAUGCAGGGAGUAAGAGGUGUAUCACAGUAAUUCGUUACUUUGUAGAUUGUCUUGAUAAUGACGAAUGAGAGAAAGGCAUAUAUUUGAUGUAAAUAUGAUGAUUAUCCUUUAUUUUGAAUAAAUCGAUCAAUAUAGAAUACAUAACAUGAAAA